GCAGCACGAGAGCAGAGGAGCAGCUAUUUUCGUAUUACAAAACGUAGAAAGCGUGUAAAAGUUGUAACCCCUGUGCUCGAAUAAUCAAAAAUACCUGUCAAAUGGUACAGAUAAAAUACUCGUAAAUACCCCAGGUGCGCCACUGCCUGCUACGUCUGUUUGAAAAAAAAGUGAUUGCGAAAUACGCUGCGUGGGAAAGAAAGGAAAGGUGUAAUAGCAGUGGAGGGAGUCUGUCGUGUAAUAGGAGGAGGUUUGUAACGUCAUCUCACAUCAGAAAAGAACGCAAUCGACGGCAAAGCGUAUGGCGGAAGCAGCAGCCAAUAACAAAGGCAGUGGCUGCUCCUCCAACGAAAUCUGAAGGCGCACUGCAACGAUUUGAUUUUAAACAAAAGCAGGCACGAACAUAUCCCAAACAUGUUUUGACCUGCCGCCUGCCGCCGUCUGCUGUGACGCCUUCGCCUUCCUCUUAGCCGCCUGUGAGGCCUAUCAACGAGCAAUUAUAACCAAAACUAUGUCUUUCUCCGAUUUCGAUGCCAUCUACGAGGAUGAGCAGCUCGAGGAGUUGGAGCACUUUCAGGAUCAAUCGGUGGCGCCGGUGCCCGAGCCCAUCAUAAUUCGAGGCGCUGGCAAUAUGACUGUAUUUGGUCUGAGCAAUCGCUUCAAUGUGGAGUUUCCAUGCGGCCUGCUGUCGCGCGUGGCACCCGAGGAGUUUAAGGCGACUGUGGGUCGCAUUAAUGGCGUACUGAAGAAAUCCCUGCCCGUCAAUGUUAAGUGGCUCUUCUGUGGCUGCGUCUGCUGCUGUUGCACCCUCGGCUGCUCCCUCUGGCCCGUCAUCUGUCUCAGCAAACGCACACAACUCACUCUGGACAAACUGUUCGAAUGGGAGAAUAAUCAUCUAUAUCAUAAGCUGGGCCUGCACUGGCGACUGCAUAAGCAACAAUGUGAUUCCAAUUCCAUGAUGGAGUAUGUUAUUUUAAUUGAAUUUAUACCCAAAACGCCCAUCUAUAGGCCGGACUAGAUAGGGCUCCACUCUCUCUCUGCCCCACAUUAAGCACACACACACAGAGAGGCAGAGUCAUGGUAGCGGGGGGCACACGUAAUUGUAAACGUAAUGGUAAUUGUAAAAUAAAAUACUAACUAGCUGCUAACACACAUUGCUGUAGGCCUAACCAGAAUUGUAAACUAACCCGCAAUCAGUCGAAACAGAGAGAGCACAAAGGGGGAGCAUUAACUAGUUUAGUGCAUUCGCAGAUUGUCAUUUUAAGCCUAGUAAUAUCUAAUAUUUAGUUUAAACAAAUUUUUGGGAAACUUUCUAGAUACUAAGAGCAAUUAAUUUCGCGUUUUCUUUUUUUUUUUCAACUUGUUUUGUCAAGCUAAUGCAAUAUUUGAAUAUAUAUAUGUAUGUAUUUUUCUUGUUAGGAAAUUUUAAAUUGAAUCUUUUAUCUGUAACCCAUCAGAAACCCACAACAAAUUAUAAACAAAGAUUGGUUUGUUUCCUUCUGUUGAUAAUAUCAUAUCAUUCAUAAUGUAUUCUUUAUCAUACUUAUGUGGUGUAUCGUUUAUGUGUGGCGUGUAUGUGUUUGUUGUUUCAAUAACCUUACAGCACUUUGGAUGAUCCAUGCUUGUGGCACGGACAAUCGGUGAACAAUAAAUACAUUUAAAUUA